CACACUGACUACCUUUUCAGGGAGUACUACUGACCCGACAGGAUCCAGUCCAGUCCCACAUCUUACAGAACAGAGGGGCAGAGAACUGCUGAAGACUGAGUUAUCAUGUCGGGACGCAACCAUCCAGAGGCUCCGGUGAGAUGUGCUGCUCUCCCACCAGGCCCGCGACUCCCAGUCUGCUCAGCUGGAUGUCCAUGGGCAGAGGAUCUCUCAGCUGCAGACGGAGCUACAGGAGAGCCAACUGGAGCUCCAGAGGGGACACAGCCGAAGAGAGCAGCAGCAGAGGGACCUGCAGACCCAGACACAGCAGGCAGAGGAGCUCCACACUCAGCUGGCUGAGGUCAAAGGGCGUCUUGUGCAGGUGGAGGGAGAAAAUGAGGCGCUCAUGGGAUAUAAGCGGGAGCAGAGAGCCGAGGUGGAAAGACUGGCAGCAGUGGUGUGUUCUCUGCAGAGCUCUGCCAGGGUCAGAGAGGACACAGUGUGCGCAGGCCGAGCAGAGGUGUGUGGACCUGGAGUGGGAGCUGACAGAGACCCCUCCCCAGAGACCAAGGGAAGCCUGGGCUGAGGAGCAGACCCAGAAGUUCCAGGCCACGGUGUCCAGUCUGAAGAGCCAGCAUGGCUGUGUUAGUCAGCAGCUGCAGGACAGGAGUGCUGAGGUGCAGAGGCUCCAGAGGUCAUUGGCUGAGCUACAUGGACGAGAGAUGAGGUGGGAGAGAGAGACAUCCGCCCUGCAGGGCCAGCCGGGCCUUGCCAGAGAGGAGCUCCACAGCGCCAUCCUCAGGAGGCAGGCACAGCAGCAGAAGGAAGAGCUGUUUGGUGAGCUGCAGAGGGAGGUGGACAGACUGAAGAAUGGGAGACAGGAGAUGCAAAAAAAGCUUUGUGGUAGAGAAGAGGAGCUGAAGAGGCUGAGAGACGAGCAGCAUCAGCUCAAGGACAAGGUGAGGGAGAGUGAUGUGCAGGCUGUGUGGCUGCAGAGCCAGGCAGACGGGGUGGGUCGGGAGCUGUUUGAGGAGAGUGCCCAGCGGGACAGGGAGCUGUGGGAGGAGAGUGCCCAGCGGGACAGGGAGCUGUGGGAGGAGAGUGCCCAGCGGGACAGGGAGCUGUGGGAGGAGAGUGCCCAGCGGGACAGGGAGCUGUGGGAGGAGAGUGCCCAGCGGGACAGGGAGCUGUGGGAGGAGAGUGCCCAGCGGGACAGGGAGCUGUGGGAGGAGAGUGCCCAGCGGGACAGGGAGCUGUGGGAGGAGAGUGCCCAGCGGGACAGGGAGCUGUGGGAGUGGAGGGACCGCUACCAUGCUGUCUCAGAGGAACUGAGGCUGAGGGAGGCUGGGCUUGAGGAGGUGCAGAGGGCCAGGGACACGGCCAUCAGAAGCCUGAGACUACAGGAGGAGAAGACCCACAGUCUGGGGGCCCAGAGGCAGGAGCUGCAGCACAGCCUGGAGGGCCUACAGGACAGCUUGCCCAGAAGGAGGAGAUAGUCGUGGCUCUCAGAGUGAAGCUGCAGGACCAUGAAGAAGACGCCCGUGUUCUCCGCCAACAACUGCUCUCCUCCCAAGAUGCACUGUAGCAAGUUACUGCCGAGCUGAGGUCAUGUAAAAGAGAGAGGGAAAGCAGCUGGUCCAGGAGGAGGCUGGGGUGGGCAGGCUGAGGGAGGAGCUGCGUGAGGUGGGGGAAACAGAGGGAAAGACUGGCUUCUCAGGUGACAGAGAACCAGGACCUGAGCCAUGAUCUGGACCUGAGCCAUGACCUGGACCUGGACCUGAGCCAUGACCUGGACCUGCUCACUGAGAAACACAAGGCUGCACAG